AUGGUGGCGGCGAUCAGGGUGCCCAAGACCCAACGCGCCAGGCGGGAGCUACUCAAGCACGCACCCAAGCUCGUUGAGACCAGCAAGAAGACACUGAUCCUCCAUGGUACCAAGACUAGUGCUGUGUUGAACUCUGUGCUGUCAGAUAUUUACCACCUAAAGCGUGAUAAUGCUGUGAAAUAUACCAAGAAGAAUGACAACAUUAGGCCUUUUGAAAGUGGUGGGGAAUCUUCUCUGGAAUUUUUCUCCCUCAAGACAGACUGUAGCCUUAUAGUGUAUGGUUCUCAUUCAAAGAAGAGGCCCAACAAUCUGAUUUUGGGAAGAACGUAUGACCACCACAUAUAUGACCUUGUUGAAGUAGGAGUUGAGAACUACAAGUCGAUGGAGUCUUAUGUUUAUGAUAAGAAGCUAGCACCAAAACUUGGAUCAAAGCCUUUCUUUGCUUUCAUAGGGGAACACUUUGAGAGUGCUGAAGAGCUGAAACAUUUGAAAGAAGUGCUGCUUGAUCUUUUCAGAGGAGAGGUCGUAGAGAAUCUAAACCUUGCUGGUGUGGAUCGGAUCUAUGUGUGCACUGCAAUCUCUCCUACUACUGUCUACAUGAUGCACUGUGCUCUUCGUCUAAAAAGGUCAGGUACAUCUAUUCCUAGGAUGGAGCUGGUCGAAGUUGGACCUUCAAUGGAUCUGGUUGUAAGGAGGCACAGACUUCCAGUUGAAAGCUUAAAGAAAGAAGCUAUGAAGACUGCUGAACAUGCUAAGAAGAUGAAAAAUGUCACUAAGGAUCCAGUGCAGGGCAAGCUGGGCAAGGUCUACAUGCCAGACCAGCAGGUUGGAAAGUUGACCUUGGCAAACGACAUAAAGGGACUAAAGAGGGAGCGCCGCGAAGCCAAGAAAAACAAGGACGACUCGAAGAAGCAAAAGGUCAACCCUGAGUAA